AUGAAGCUUCUCGCAACUCUGAUCGCUCUCUCAAUUGGCGUUUCUCAGGUAGCCGCCUUGGCGAUACCUCGUUCUAUGGCCUCAGGCCCAGUCGCCGAAGAAGCCGUGCCUACCUAUGACAAGAGAUCUAUGGCUUCGGGCCCUGUCGCUGAAGAAGCGGUUCCCACAUACGACAAGAGGUCUAUGGCCUCCGGUCCUGUCGCUGAAGAAGCGGUUCCCACAUAUGACAAGAGAUCCAUGGCCUCCGGCCCUGUCGCUGAAGAAGCGGUUCCCACAUAUGACAAGAGAUCCAUGGCCUCCGGCCCUGUCGCUGAAGAAGCCGUGCCUACCUACGACAAGAGGUCUAUGGCCUCUGGCCCAGUUGCUGAAGAGGCAGUCCCUACCUAUGAUCGCAAGUGA